UUAACUUAUGGUUUCAAUGGUUUAGACAUCUGUUGUUUUCUGCCCAACACCACCUCUGACUCCAUAAACAUGGCAAAACUCUUCGAUGAGUGGCGGAAACAAGAUUUUGAUAGGGAUGCCUUACCAUGGCUGGGUAUGGACCCUUCUAAAUCCAAAGGAUAACCAGAUUGGAGCUCCGGCUUCAGGUCCAGGGAUCAAUUCAGAUGGGUCACUGGGCUACCGAUGGAUCAAGAGCUUUGUGAAGAGUUAUGCAGCUAAGAGCUUGUACAACUCUACUAAUGUCGAGAAUACUUGCUCAUUCGGGUCUUUCUGGGUGGGGUUCGACGAUGUGGAAGCAAUCAAAACUAAGGUUUUGUAUGCUAAGAAGAAAGGCCUUCGUGGGUACAAUGUCUUUCAAGUUGCUAAUGAUGAUAACUGGGUUCUCUCUCAGGCUGCAGCUGAUAUAGCAGGUGGGAAUCAGCUCAAUAAAAGGCUGGUUUUAGUUAAGGUGUUGAUUCCUGUGGCCUGUAUCUGCUGUUUCAGUUUAAUCUUCUAUUUUCUCAGAGAAAGACUGCUUAAUUACACCAGAUCUGUAAGGACUGACACUCAAAACUUCAGUUACGAUUCACCAGACAUGAAAGCAUUCAAUUUCAAGGAUAUAAAUGCUGCCACAGAUAAAUUUUCAUUUCACAAAAAGCUUGGAGAGGGUGGGUAUGGACCAGUUUACAAGGGAAAAUUAAAGACAGGACAGGAAAUUGCAGUAAAGAGACUUUCAAAAGCAUCACGCCAAGGAUUUGAGCAGUUCAAGAAUGAAGUUAUGCUCACUGCAGGACUUCAGCAUAUAAACUUAGUUAAGGUGAUGGGAUUUUGCGUGGAAAGAGAAGAAAAGAUGCUUAUUUAUGAAUACCUUCCAAAUAGCAGCUUGGAUUAUUAUCUCUUCGAUCCUGUGAAAAGUUUGCAGCUUGACUGGGGAAAGCGUGCUCACAUCAUUGAAGGAAUUAUUCAAGGCCUUUUGUACCUGCAAGAAUACUCAAGGCUAACGAUCAUACAUCGAGAUCUAAAAGCUAGUAACAAUUUACUUGACAAAGAUUUAAAUCCUAAGAUUUCAGACUUUGGCAUGGCAAGAAUAUUCCAAACAGAUGAAUAUGAAGCAAAUACAAGCAAGAUUGUAGGAACAUAUGGAUAUGUCCCUCCGGAGUAUGUAAAACAAGGAGUAUACUCAAGAAAACAUGAUGUUUAUAGCUUUGGAGUGCUGCUGCUACAAAUCAUAAAUGGUAAGAGAAAUAACCAAUUCUAUGGUGCUAAUGAAGGAUACAACCUCUUGGAAUAUGCAAGUAAUUAAGCAGCCAACUAAGUUAUAUAGUGAGAUUUAAAUCCUGUAUAUGAAAAAUUUAAUUUUGAAAAAUAUAUAUGGUUGUUGAAUAGGCAUAUGAAUUGUGGAAAGAAGAUGAAUGCAAGGAGUUUGCGGAUCCAUCAUUAGAUGAUUCAAAUUCAAAAUAUAAGCUAAUGAGAUGUAUGCAAGUAGCUCUACUAUGCGUUCAAGAAAAGCAGGAGGAUAGACCAUCCAUGUUGGAAAUUUCAGCCAUUCUCAAUAACAAAAUUGAACACAUUAUGAUUCCAAAAAGGCCGGCGUAUUCCACCAAACCAGAUGCAGAGUCAAGUCAAGCAACUCCAUGCUCACAACAUUUGAAUUUUUGUAAUCUUGAUUCAGUAUUAUCUGAGCUUGAAGCUCGAUAAUGUUCCAUUGCCCUGCACCCCCCCCCCAAAAAAAAAAAAAAAGAAAAAAAAAAAACCCACCAAAAUUAUACUCAUUUUAGUUUGUUUUUAGAACUCAAUUUAAAAUUACUUCUGAGUUAGCAGGAGUAUAAAUGUAAUAUUUUAUUAAUCCCUCUAGCAUGCAAAAAAUCCUAAAGACAUCACUGAUCCAACUCAUGCAGAGGGAAAUUCUUUACUUCAAAGGUUUAAAAAAAGAAUUCUUAAAUUCAUUUAUGUGUGUAGAGGCAGAAAAGACCAUACAUAUAUGUUACAAAGCCCUUGAUGUUAUUACAAGUUAGCCUUACAAAAAUUUAACUAAUCAGACAAGCAAUGCAAUGUCGUUUGGAACCAUAUGUGAU